AUGGCCAUGCUUCUCAACUCGCGUGGGACGCCCCCCCUUUGCAAGGAUUCGCCCGCCGGGUUCGACGCCGUCAACGCCCACAUUUCAGCCCAAGUGCACGCGUUCUUCAACACACUGCACGACCUCGAGCACAUGUCAGACAAACAGUCCUCUGACGAGAUGCGCCAGGACGAAGGCAUUCGGCCCGCCAUCCUCAUCGUCUUACACCACCCCUUGAUCAAUAGCUAA